UUCAGGUGUAAAUAUAUGAAAUAGAACAGACUGGUCCCUACCGAAAUACAUAGCUCAUGCUUUUAAAAACAAGAAUGCUAUAAACAUUUAGCAAAGGCUUUAUUGAACUUAUAAAACCAAAGAUUUUCACAGGUCAUCUGAGGUUCCUCCACUUAAAAACCUCAAUAAGGCCAAACUUCGCAGUAGUUUCUCAGUCAGCAGAUCGUAAAUAUACUGAAAGGUUUGUGAUUCCGCGUCCGCUCUCUUUCCUUUCUCCAUUACACGCACUUGGCCGCGUCCUGGCUGCUGAUCUGGCUGCUGCCGCCGCGCGUAAAUGGAAUGCUUUUACGCACCGCGCGCGUUCACUUUAAAGGAGGUUUAAUCGCUUUUUUUGCCAUUCCCAUGCCUCGCCUGGUGCUUAGGGCUCCUGCGCUGGUGAUGCGCCGAGGAUGUGAGGAAUGGAUGCUGUAAUACCUCACAAAGCUAACACCAGAGGGUGGGGGUAAAAAGCGAGGCGUGCGUCACCGGCAACUAAACGCCAGAGGGACAGAGACGUCAAUAACAUCGCGUUCAUCAAUAAGGAAUCUGGAUGGAGUUAGACGGUUUAUUAAAUAGGCCGCUCUCUGAAUUUGAACGCUUUAAUGUGAUGACCCCCCAAGGAGAACAACUGAGGGAAGACUUACUAGGACCUCAAUCCUACCGCUCGGAGAUGGCUAUCAACGCUGAUGCCGCUUUCGAGAAGAGUGGCCUGGGCGAGAGGGAAGUCUCCAACUUAACCGACUUCCAGGACACCGAGAAGCUGCUGAGCAAACCCCCCGCCGAGCCGACCGGGGAGAGCAACCUCAAACCCUCCGACUCCUUCUCUCUGAACACCAGAGGCAGCGUCCGCUCCCUGGACGCGGAGCAGAACGGACGCCGGUCCCCGCUGAAGUCGGGAUCCAUCGGGCAGCUGACGGCCCCACCCAGAUCUACUUCCCGGCUCAGCCUGGGCCAGCUCUCCUCCCCGGUUCCACCGGGAUCCGAGCCGCCCAGUUACCUCUGGCUGGCCGUGGUGUCCUGCUUCUGCCCUGGAGUGCCGUUCAAUGUCUGCGCCUUGUGGUACGCGAAUGUGUCGAGGUCAGUUCUCCACACUGGAGAUAUCGAGGGAGCAAGAAAGUAUGGGCGUCGAUCAAUGCUGCUCAGUGUUCUGGCGAUGCUGACGGGUGUGGUUGUAAUCAUCUUCAUAGUGCUUACAAUAGAGGCCCAACAAUGAAUCAAGGCGGAUGGAAACAGUUUCCCUUAACUUCUCCAGAUCUCUAAAUUGCACAGAGGAAAGAGGAUCUCAGAUUGAAGACGGAAGGAAGCACAAAAUAUGAGCUGAAAAAAGUCUGAAGGAAUUCCAAUGUGCACAUUUUUUUUGUUCAGUUUUUCUGCUGUGGACCAAAAAAGAAAAAA